AGCUUGCUGACCCGAGCGCGUCGCGGGAAGAAUCGGUGGUCUCGGGAUAAUCUCCGGGUAUUCCCGGGAUCAUCGGGAUAGGCCGGCACUCCAGCGAGUCCGCAGCUGUCGACAGUCCAUCAGCCCAACUACAUGCCCCCCGUCUACACGAGUCACCCAUCAACGCCACGGGCAGCGGUUCUAUCCCUUGCUCAAGCGGUCGAGAGCCUAUCUGCUGGGACGCCUCGGGUCAUCGACGACAUGGUGCGACGUGCGUGGUGACACCUCCCUCCGAGCGGCUUUCCUGGUGUUCCGGGAUCUCUCUGCGAUAGACUGCUUGGUCGACCCUUCUUCGGCUAUUGGCCCCUCACAUCCCACUCUCAUGUCCCUCUCCGGACCUCAAUGUCUGUCACGCGCUGGGCUCCGCGUGACCCCGUCGUUGAGCUCUGUACGACGCAGUCUCCUCUCACGUGGACCUCUUUCCAGGCUGGCACUAACUCUGCCGACGUCAGCUGCCCCAAACUCUAUAGCCAGAAUAUCGGCUGCCAUGGUCCGUGCUGGCAGAAUGGCUGAUGUGGGGUUGUCCUGUCCUUCAUUUCGCACUGCAAUUCGCUUGGGGCCGCUCAAAGCUCGCGGCUUUGGAACCCUGAACAAGUCGAUAACCUCCUCACCCUUUUGCUGCAGCUUCGACCGACAGCCGCGGCACACUAUCACUGGUAUCAUCUCGGGUGCAAUCUUGGCUUGUCCCCAGCACGCCCAGUGUCAGGGCUGGACCGCCUAUUGGCUGCAGUACGUGCUCUAUAGCAUCCGCUUGUUUGUCCCUCCCCCAGUGUGUCCACGAGCAAUCGCGAUUCCAGUCAGUCGUGCCACUGAUCCACGCCUCGGCGCGCGCGGGCAACUGGGAUCUGCCCGGUGUCUUUCAGACCGUUUCGGCUACUUACCCACGGACGGCCUGCCACGGUGGACAUUCUGUUAUCGUCGCAGAAAAGAAGCCGGCGUGGAUUUGCAGAUGCGCGGAGGGUGGACCGCAGACUGCGAGGAUUGUCCCCGAUUUCUGCGGCUGCCGCAGGAAUCGAAGCGAGAAACAGACUCGUAGCUUUCAACAAUGUGUACUGAUAAGACUCUGCGGUGACGUACCGGCAUAACUAGAGCAUUCCGUUGUGAUUGCACGUACCUUACAAAACACUACGUAUUAGCCUUUGGUGCUGCACCCAUUUCCGAUAUCUAGG